AUGGUUGCCUGCCUCCUUUGCCUUCUAUUUGCCUGCAAUCUUCUGCCAGUCCUCUUGGCUGGCAAAGGUUCUUCCUGUGUCUUCCCAUUUGUCUUUAAUGGGAGGCCAUAUUCAUCUUGCACUAGAGAUGGAGCCAUUGAUGAGCAGCUCUGGUGUAGCACAACAUCUAAUUAUGACACAGAUGGCCUGUGGAAGCACUGUGUUCUUCAAGAGCAUGGAGGCAAUUCUGGAGGCAAAUCCUGUGUGUUUCCCUUUGUCUACAAAAACCAGACAUUCUACACAUGUACCAAAGAGGAGAAGGGAAGAUUCUGGUGUGCCACCACAAGAAACUAUGACAAGGAUCUUGAGUGGAGCUAUUGUGCUGACACCAGAUUAGAUGCCAAUCCUAAGGGACCCUGUGUCUUUCCUUUCAUCUUCAACCUCACGUCUUAUUCAUCAUGCACAACAGAUGGGAUUUCUAAUAAAAAGCCAUGGUGCUCCCUUACCAAGAACUAUGAUAUUGACUUUCAAUGGACCUAUUGUGAACCUUCUGAGCCAAAAGAGAAAGUGGAGAAUCUAUCUUGCGUCUUCCCAUUUGUCUAUAAUGGCAAGCUGUAUUUCAGCUGCACAACAGAGGGACGACGUGAUGGGAAACGUUGGUGUGCCACUACUAUCAACUAUGAUCUUGACAAGAAAUGGAAGUUCUGUCCAGAGGAAUUGGGAACAGAGCCACAGCAAGACAAUCAAACUUGUGUUUUCCCAUUCAUCUACAAGGGCAAGUUCUACAGUGUAUGUACUGAUGAGGACAUGGAUAAUGGGAAGUUCUGGUGUUCCACAAGUAGCAACUAUGACAAAGAUAAGAAAUGGCAAUAUUGUAAUGUUACAGAUCCAGAACCUGAUCUAAUAAGAGUGAAUCCGCUUUGUGUAUUCCCAUUCAUCUACAAAAGCUUCUCCUAUAAUACAUGUACAACACAGGGUAUGAGUGAUAGGAAGCUGUGGUGUGCCAUUACGAGCAACUUCGAUUUGGAUAAUACAUGGGUGUACUGCAAUAUCACAGAUGCUGAUCCCAAAGAAAUGUGCGUCUUUCCUUUUUUGUACAACCAAAAUUUCUACUUCAUGUGCACAACAGAUGGGAUGUUUGGCAAGACACCUUGGUGCUCCCUCACUCAAAACUAUAAUUCAGACCUGCAAUGGACUUACUGUGAGCCUUCAGGGCCUGAUGAGAUCAUGGAAAGUCCACCAUGCAUUUUCCCAUUCAUCUAUCAGGGAAAGCUUUACAGAAAUUGUACUGCAGAUGGGAGAAGAGAUGGGAAAUUCUGGUGUGCAACAACACAGAAUUAUGAUGUUGAUAGGAAACUGAAGCUCUGCCAAGAUUUAGCUUCUAUAAGAACUCCUAAGGAUCUGAAGCUCAUUGUAAUAAAGGCUUGCUCAUAUUCAACUAUCCCUCAGUAG